AUGGACCAUCAGCCUCGUGACACUCGCAAGCGCCGAAAAAUUGCGGUUGCUUGCGACGACUGCCGUGCCAGAAAAGUGCGCUGUGAUGGGAUGCAACCCGGUAGGUGGCUUUUCGUAAAGGGGUCGUUCGGAAUGCGACCCGUGCUCACUUGGAGACAGUCUGUGGACCAUGCUCCCGAAGAACCGAGCGCGCCCAGUGCAUCUACACAGGUGACUUGGAAAAAAAACGAGCUACGCAGACAGCCGGCUCAAACAACUCGAAAGCCCGAAAGGCCCGGAAAGGACGCCGGCAUCAUUGGAUCCGCCUGUUCGUGCAUCUUUCGGCCUGAAGUUGUUCCUUCUGACAACUCCAUUAGCGCCUCUCUUUGGAAUCGCCGUCAAAGAGCUUACAACCCGAGUCUCCUGCCGAACAUGCACAAAGUGUCGGAAGACAGCGCAGAGUCUCCGUGGCUGGGGGCGGCGCUGAUGGGGUCAAUGCGAUGA